UGAACGCAUAAUGAUUUUGGCUGAAAGUCACUGUAUCCCAUCUUUUUCUCAGUAUGGCAGAGCCUGCUGAGCUGCUGCUCAUCAAGGACCAGUAUGAGUUGGCGUUUCACUCCCUGAGUCGUGGGCUAACAGCUGAAGAGGCCGGGAAAAGAGAAGAGGCCCUGGAGUAUUACAGAAAGGGCCGACAGCACCUUACCCAAGGAGUGGAAGUUCCCACUGGGGGGGAGAGGCACCAGGGAGUGGCCUGGGACACGGCCAGGCAGCUUCAACAGAGAAUGAGGGACACUCUGAGUACUGUAAACACCCACCUCUCUGACCUGGAGACCUCUCAGCUGACAACAGGAGGCCAGAGGGACCGACUGUUGAUGGAUCUUCCUCCUAAUCUUUAUCCAGACCUGGCACCUAACAGUCACCCUCCCCACAGCUCUCUCCACCAUCUAUACCCCACCAUACCCCCUACCAACCAGAACACUACCCCAACCCCAAAUACAGCCCCUGUCAGACCUGCUUCCCCUGCUCUACCACCCAGACGUAUGCACCCUGCAGUGGCCCCAGAAACUAUAGCCAUGGCUCACCCAGGGGACCAGCCUCCAGCUUACACACCAAUGCCGACAGACGGGCACCGCAGCCUGGCUUAUGGUACUGCUGGAGGUGGCCUUGAGUCAGGAAAGCAGACUGGAGCAGCAGCAAGACGAGAUGGAAACGAGCUGCUUUACAUUCCCUCUGGGGUGCAGAUGUUUUUCGUGGCACCAGAUGGACAGGUCAGCUCCCUGUCUAAUCCAGGGUACCUUCGCAUCAUCGCAUUUGAUAGUGAGAGCAAGGUUUCAACUGCAGGAAGACCCUCAGCAUUUCUACAUGUGUGUGACUGGCUGUACCCACUGUCAGCAGACACUCCAGUGCUGUUGGCUAACUCCGGGAUCUUCAUGUUCCCUGACUCUUUGGCGGAGACUCCAGGGUCCUAUGUGGGCAUAGUGUUGUCAUCUGAACUGCCUGCUGCCGACCGAGAGAUGUUUCAGGACCUCCUGUCGCAGCUGGCUGAACUCAGGGUCCAGGGUCCAGAGGGGGCAGGAUCAGAGGUCGUCAACCUGAGUAUGAAAGUCCCCCUUGGUCCCCCAGAAGAGCAAAAAAAACUGUCAGUGCCAACUGGGGAGAAGGACAAACUACCACUUCCUGGAUGGAGUGAGAAGAUGGCACAAGGAAUCUUGUCAGGAGCUACAAAGUUGAGUGAGGGGUUUGCAAAAGGAGCGGAGGCCACAGGUAGAGCCAUUCAAAAAGGAGCAGCCAAGAUCCGGGACCACAUCACACCUGAGGAAACUCCUUCAGAGGUCAGCCCCCGUGUCACCAAAAGUCUGCAGGUGGCUAAACAGGCCACCGGAGGUGCUGUGAGAGUCAGCCAGUUUUUGGUUAAUGGAGUGAGCACUGUGGCAGGACAUGUGGCAGAGAAGAUGGCGCCCCAUGUGAAGAAACAAGGCGCCAAGCUGGUCCCAGAGUCUAUGAGGAAGAGCAAAGAGGGCCAGGCCUCCAAUUUUGAUGGAGCCAAAUUUGUUGCAGCCAGCAGUAUACAAGGUUUCUCUACUAUUUGGUCCAGUCUGGAGACCGGAGCAAAGCUUGUUGGCAAAAGUGUUGCAGCAGAGACUGUCACAACUGUGAAGUACAAGUACGGUGAUGACGCAAGCCAAGCCACAGACACAGCUCUCCGGUCAGUGGCCAAUGUUGGUGUGACUGCACACAACAUUGACAAUCUGGGCAUCAAAGCCUUCCUGAAGACAACAGGCAAGGCGACAGCGAAGGCCAUGGUCAAAGGCUCGGGUGGACAGUCAGCAGAAACUGAGGGGAAAGAGGCGCAGAGACAAGAACAUCAAGCAGAGACUGAGGGAGAAGGAAAAGCAGAAGAGGAGAAAGAGUUGAAAAAAUAGAUUCCCACAGGACUUUAAUGCUUUACUGGAAGGUUUCAGAUGGGUGGGUCACUACCUCAUUUGCAGUUUUAUAAAAGUAAAUACAGGCCACUCAUGUUUUUGGAAUAGACACUGCCUUGUAUUAAUUAUGGCUGUAAACUUUAAGACAAAACCAAUGAUGUUUUUGUGGUAGUAUAAUAGGCUUGUUGUAUAUUUAUAUAUAGUUGGCUAUGUAUUUUCUCUAUGUUGUAUGUGACAAAAUAUUCACUAUGUAUACCAGUUAACAUGUUGCUUUACCAGUAGAGUUAUAGCUAUAGCCUGAUAUGACCUCAUCUAUAUUCAAAUUUGUAUGAA